CCACAGGCAGCGAGCUUGGAGGGAGAGAGGGAAGGAGAGAACUAGAGAGAGAGAACGAGCAGACAGAGAUAGACGGAGCAAGCAAGAUAGAUAGGUAGGAGAGCUAGAGCAACAGAAAAAGAAAAAGAGCGAGCACACAAGAAAAACCGCAAGAGAGAGGGUGGGAGUGAGAGCAACAGAGACAGAGGGAGAGAUAGAAAAAGAGAGACGGCUCUCUGUGUGUCCUCAGCUGUUUUUCCGAGGCCAUGGCAGGCAUGGAAUCGGAGCCAGGCACCCAGUCCAGGGUGAUGUUCCAGUCUGCAGACAAAACAGAGGAGGCUCCACAUCGCAAACUGGGCAAGCUGACCGUCAAAUACAACCGCAAAGACCUACAGAGGAGGCUGGAUAUCGAGGAGUGGAUCGACGAUCAGCUGCACCUGCUCUUUGACUGUGAGGAGGAGGAGAUCCCAGAGUUAGAGAUUGACAUAGAUGAGCUGCUGGAGCUGUCAGACGUGGAGCAGAGAUCCAGACUGCAGGAGUUACUGCAGGAAUGUGGCAAGCCAAAAGAGGACUUUAUUAAUGGGCUGCUUUAUCGGAUGAAGGGCCUACGCAAAAUGUCAGGACCCCUGAAGAAAUAAUGAGAGGUCAAAUCAACAAUCAAGACAAUGUAAAGCUCCCUAGUGUUUUGUAUUACAUUUUUUCUGGACAGUUUUAACAUUUUCAUUCCCCUCAAUUCAAAUAAUGCACCAGUAAUGAAAUGUAUUGUCUAUUACCCACGUGGAAAGUUUUUGUGUAAGACUGUAAAUUUUUGGUUGCAUAUUUAUGUACAUAUUUUUUUCUUCUGAUAACAGUGUUGUAUGUCAAUAAAACCAACAUUUUCAAGACAAGGCUU